UUAUUUGAACUUGGUACGAGGCCAGCCACCUGCUUAUAAGUCUGUCUUCUUCCCCCUUACUCAAUUUUCCAUCUCUGCAUCUCUGUCUCUGUCACUCUCUCUAUCGAUCCCUAAUUCCCUCUUUGUGUCUUUCUGGGUGUCUCAAUUAUAUUCUGUGCGAUUAGAAUGGCACCCGUGACUCUCCCUCCGGGAUUUAGAUUCCACCCAACAGAUGAGGAGCUCGUCGCAUACUACCUUGAUCGAAAAGUCCACGGCCGGACAAUUGAACUGGAAAUUAUCCCAGAGGUUGAUCUCUACAAAUGUGAGCCGUGGGAGCUACCAGACAAGUCAUAUCUACCAAGUAAAGAUAUGGAGUGGUAUUUCUUUAGCCCAAGAGAUCGAAAGUAUCCUAAUGGCUCAAGAACCAAUCGAGCAACCAGAGCUGGUUACUGGAAGGCAACAGGGAAGGAUCGGAUGGUGCAUUCUCACAAGCGCCCAGUGGGCAUGAAGAAGACAUUGGUGUAUUACAGAGGACGGGCUCCUCAUGGAAUCCGUACCAAUUGGGUGAUGCACGAGUAUCGUCUAGCCGACUCCGUCUCUGAACCUGGAUCUUCUUCAUCAUCGGCGUUAAGGGAUGCUUAUGCAUUAUGCCGGGUUUUCAAGAAAACAAUUCAAGUACCCAAAACUAAAGAAGAACAAAAUGGGUGCUCUGAGGAGUUACACUGGCUCAACAAUGAACGAGAGGGUUUAUUAGGCGAUGACACAAGUGGCAAUGUCAUCUCUCAGAGGAGAGAGGUUGGUGAAGAGACCUAUGAUCAGGAUACUUCCAGAAUUCUAUCUGAUGCUUCCUCUUCCGAAGUCACUGAAGGGACACCAAUGCACCAUGGUACAACAGAUGAUCAACAUGUCUCCUUUGCCUCAGAUGAAGCCAAUAGUUCUACAAAUGUGUCUCCUCUCAAUGUGGAUUACUUCUCAAAUCUAAGCAAGGAAAUAACAGUAUUGCCUAACUGCACAAGGUUGCAACAACAACAACAGCAGCAGCAACAACUUUCUUAUCCACCCUUGGCACUAGAAGACUUCCCACAGAUGGAUACAUUGGAAACCAAGUUAUCAAACCCUCAAGCCAUGGACGAAUAUAUGAUGCCGGACAAGUAUAGAACUUACAAUAGUGACACAAAUAUAAUAUUGGAGGAGAUUUUCUACAUGUGUUCCUCCCAAGAUAACUCAAUGAUUCUAUCCUUACAAGAUUACUGCAACAACUCAAGCAACAUCACAUCCAUGGAAAUCCACCUAACUCAGGACAAUACAAGUUGUUUUAACAAUCAAAACAACUGAGAAAUUAAUGGAGAGAGAGGGAGUAUAAAUUCUUAGAUUACACUGAAAUACCCACAUGACUUUGAUACUUUUUUUUUUCCUUUUUCCCCUUUCCUACAGGUAUUGUAAUACCACAAUUCAAUAGGAUACAUAUUGAAAAGGAGUCUAAUGAUCAAUUAAUAAUAGAAAGAAGAAAGCUAUUGUGAUUUGUAAAGGCAGAAAAAAGUUUUGGGGGGAUCGUCUUCAGAUGAAAUGUUUCUCUGUCUUCUAUUUUGUGUAUACAUUUCAAGAAUGAGAGUG